AUGAACCUGCUUAACAACACUCGAGUUGUUGACCUUCUCCUGAAUCGCCUCCGUCAAACGCCUGUUACCCAUUCUAGUGAUGCUAGUCGCUCACUCUGGGCAAUUGGCGUAUUCGAAUCUCCACAGAACAAGGGAAGAUCUUGCAAAGAACCUAAGGAGCAAUAUGGUGGUAGUACUUCUUCUUCUUCUUCGUCUUCUGAAAGCAAGAAUCUGAACCUAGUAACGUCAAGAAAAGACGUCGCUACGCAAAUACUACAGCAUCUACUCGAUACAAAUGGCAUAGUAAAAUUUGCUGCCGGAGAGCAGGCAUCGUUGCUGCAUACCACUGUAAAACUCUCGCUACCCAACGCGCCACAGCUUCUAUCAGCACUGGAUUUACCUGGACUGUUGCGCGGAGACCCUUUGGACUGUGCGGCUAUACUACAUGCGCUAGUCGCGCUUCAGGAAACUAAGGACAGAGGUGCACCAGCGAGUGUCCUAGAACAUGAUGGAACAAAGGCUCCUCUCGACGUAGCGGACAUAGGACCCAUUAUUAACGAAGGAUUGACAAAAGAGUGGCGAGGCUUGCGGCCACGUGAAUUCUCGCAGAUUUGCUUCAAUCUAGGGAAACUAGUGGCUGUGGUGCCAUCAUCAGGACUAGUACAAGUAGGCAGACCUUCCACAAACUCAUCAAAACCAACAACAACAAACACUACUUGGAAGCAAGCCCUAGCUUCCUCAAUUGCGAACAAGAUGGGAACAUUCCCUGUCGAAAGCAUGACCCCUCUAGAUGUCACUCACAUGUGCUGGGGCCUAGCAAAGUUGGGAGGACUAGCACCUUCUGAUUCGACUUUGGUGUUGAUGCAUGAUGCCGUGCGGCGGCACAUGCCUCAAGCCGAUAAGCUCGUCAAGCAGCAAAACAAGUCAGGCAGAGCCAGUUUAGCAACGAUUCGCGACUUGUCUACGAUAAUCCAUUGUCAUGCGCUUUUUCUCGAAAAUCUUGGAGGUGUCAAGGGAAACAGGCUAAUAGGCGUUGGUGAAGACACAAACGACCGGGAAGGGGAGCAUGCUUCUUCCACGACCAACAAGGAAACAGCCACAGCUUUACGCGAAUCGGCGUUGCGCUUUGCUGAAUUAC